AUGGGUUGCGGUUCCAGACGUGUCAAGCCAGAUGACUUACGUCCAGAGCAGAAAUGGGACUUUAUAAGUCUUAACGAUUUUAAAUCAACAUCUUAUUUUACUCCUUUCGCAUAUGCAUAUCUAUGGAUCUCUUUGGGUAUAUCUACCGCUGUCUAUGGUGUGGAUACCUUCACUGCAGUUAACCUUUUAGCUUUCAAUCGUUGGUCGGGUGAAAUUCAACCUAAAAUUCCCCUCAAUGUUUCAAAAUGGAUCUUCUCUGGAUGUAUCAUUGCCUCUUGGAUAAAUCUUGGUUUCGAACAUUUACGAUCGUGGAGAGUCAUGCGACGAGGGGCGGUUGCGGAAAGUUACUUGGAUAAUCUUGCGGUUCGACUUGAAAGUGUCAAAAUGGGAAAGAGUGGUCGAGGUUGGAGAAGGUUCUUGGUCUUUGCCGAAUUGACUAAAUCCAAGAAAGGAACGGAAUAUGUUGCACUAUUUACAUAUUUCGCUUUUCAAUCUUGGAUUCGGGUUGUAUUUUGUCAAGGACCUCGUCAAGUCAUCAAUGCAUUAACUUUAUACUCGGUCUUUCAAGCUAAACUUGAUCCAACCGAAUCCGAUGAUGUUGGACAUGCUCUAUUAACCUUCUUCAAGAAUGUUGGUAUUCUUGCGGAACAACAACAUCAACAAGCAGUUAUCUUGUCUGGUAUGAUCUUCACACUCAUCGUUUGGAUAUUCUCCGCUUUGAGUCUCAUCCUCGCCAUCUUGUUCUACUUAUUGUUCUUAUGGCAUUAUAUUCCAAAUCGCGAUGGAGGACUUACGGGGUACUGUGAACGAAAGAUUAAUGGUCGUUUGACAAAGAUCGUCAGCGCCAAGGUCAAUAAAGCUAUCGAAGAAGAGGAAAGGAAAAGGAAAAAGGCACUAGAGAAAGCGGCAAAGAAAGGGGAGAAAGUUGCUGGACAUCAAGCUACUCUUCCAACACUUUUCGAUUCAAAGGAUGAUGACAAACUUCCGGACAUGCCUAUGCUUAAUAGAGCAGACACGAUGGCGACGCUACCACAAUAUACAUCUCGACCAGGUACACCAAGUAGUAAUAUUCCACAAACAGCUAGCUUCGAACUCGAGAAAAUGGAUCAAAAACGACCAUUACCUCAAAGAUCUAUGAAUGGAUCAAGUUAUUCUUCAAAUGCUUCACUCGUGAAUAAUGCGAGCGAUAUGGGAAGGUUACCAGAUUUACCACCACUCGAUACCGAUAUGCCAUUUCCUGGUCCGCAAAGAACGAAUACUGCAGGGUCUCAAGGUAGUCAAUGGCAACGUGGUCCACAACAAGGUUUUCAAGGUCCACCAAGAAUGGAAUCUGCAAUGGGUGACCGUGGUUUUACAGCAAGUCCAUUUUCUUAUGCUGAUGGAAGAAAUACUCCUGGAUUCCCUGGACCACAAAGACAAAAUACAAUGGAUUCUUAUGGAAGACCAAUUCCUCGAUCACAUACGCCUAUGGGUCCUGGCCCAACUCCAUCAAUUGGAAGACGUACACCAUUUGAUCCUGCUAUGCAGAAUCCUCAAAAUCGUAUGAUGUCACCAGUGGAAUAUGGAUCAGAAUAUGGACCAGAAUAUGGGAGACAAACACCAUUCAAUCCGGCCCUUCAAAAUCAAGGUCGUUCAUCACCAGCUCCAGGGUCAGAAUUCGGAGGACAAAGACCACCAUUUAACUUUUACAAUGAUCAAGGGAGAUCAUCUCCAGCUCCAAGACCUGAGUUUGGUGGACCAAGACCACGUUUCAAUUAUAAUGAUCAAGGGAAUUCAUUACCUGGUACUGAAUCUCAUUUCGAUCGUAGAACACCAUUUGAUCCAAGUCUACAAAACAAUGGACGCUCAUCUCCUGCUCCAUCGAAUAUGAAUCAAGGAUAUGGCCAAAAUACUAGAAUCCCGCCAUCAAAUAACCCAAGUGGAUACAAUGCAUUCAAUCCGAGUUCAAUAAGAACAAAUUUAACUUCAUCAGAACAGCAAGAAGAACAAAAUGGUUUCGACUUCAAAACGAGUAGAAUUAAUCCUCCUCAAGUUCGAAAUUUUACGGAACCAAUUCCUAGAGCUGCUACUACUGGACCGGGUCAAGUAAGGUCGACUGGGAAUAGAAAUGAAGAUUAUGGGGAUGAAGAAAUGGGAUCUAUUCAACCACCUAGAAGAGCGGCGACAGAAGUUGGAGGUUUUGGUGUAGGUGAAGGAAGUCAACAAAAUCAAGUUCAUCAAAGAAAAGGUUCUGAACCAUCUGGAUUUGGAUCAAGUUCAGCACCUUGGGGAGGUUAUAGAUGA